AUGCAACAGAGAGAUGAAGGAUCUGAUGACGAGACAGUACCAUAUCGUCUCUGCAAAUGUCUACAACAAUAUAUUCUUCAGGCUCGUGUUGUUACUAUUCCGAAUGGAAUGCAUGGGCUUACAGUGAAUCAUUUGGGAAUUUUAUCCACGUAUUUAUACGAGUUUUGUUCAAGAUGA